AGCUGCCAGGAACGACUUCUCUGAAGAAACUGAAGUUUGGGCAACCGAGAUAAAAGUCUCAGUUGAGUGGAGGUGCAGUAAUACAACGGGGAAACUCCAGCGGAACCACAAAGGCUUUGGCUCCGUCUCUGUGAGCUGAGGCUCUGUGAAGAAAGGAAAUCUCACUCACUAAAGCCACCCCAGGGCUCAGCGACAACUGUCAGGAGAUGAAUUCUCAGCCAGGACUCACUUCAGGGGGCAAUUCCGGGUUCGGGGGCAACCUGGAGAGAUUCCGUGAGGGGAAGCCAAUUCCUCUGGGGGCUGUCCAGAUUGUGAUCGGAAUUCUCCUCCUCAUUUCUGGAAUAGUUUAUGGAAAUUAUUCUUGGGGCUAUGCGUUCUGGGGAAUGACAUUUUACAUCACUACUGGUUCCAUCACCAUUUCAGCAUCGAAGAAGCUCACACGAGACUUGGUGAGAAGCAGCAUGAUAUUAAACAUUAUCUGUGCUAUCGUUGCCCUUCUGGGAUUUAUUGGGAUCUGCUUGGCUUUGACUGCAAUUAGUCUUGUGUAUAAACAUGCUCAAAAUGACGAACUGAAAAAAUACUUGUCCGUUUUUCUGGGAAUCAUAAGUGUGAUGCUGAUCCUUACUAUUGUGGAAUUCUGCAUUUCUAUAUAUGUGGCUGUUUUUGGAUACAAAGCAAUUCACUGAGUUCUCUCGAAGGGAGACAGCUUUCCCCAGCCCAGCAGUGGCUCCUGCAACUUCCUGUAUUCCUGGAUCGACGCCUCACACCUUGCCAAGUGUCCCGUGCUUUUAAAAUAUCCUUUGUCCCCGCAUCUUUGUUGUGACCAAUGGGGGCCGGAAGAGGCAAGAUGGCCCUGCCCGCUAAGCACUCGAAGAAGGAGGUCCCUUUCAUCCCGGGAAGAGGCAUCCGGUGGAGAUGAGGCGAUACGGAAGCUGCCGUCCACCUCUCCUCAACUUCCCACCGGCCCCAGGACUGAGCGGCGCUUCCUUCUCCGGUUCCCCACGUGACGGCUUCUGCUUUCUAAACCUUUUCUUGCCUGGUCCUCCCUCGCGCUUCCCCUCCCAGCUGCGGGCGUGAGUCAUGUAUCUGUCUAAACCCCGCUGAGCUGGUUUCCCCUUUGGGUUGGAAAAAGCAAUGUCCUUGGGCAUCAGGGGUGGGAUUGGGCUGAUGGUACAUAAUAGCGGCAUUUACUCAGGGCUUAUCACGUGCCGAGCACUGAGAAGCAACGUGGCCUACUGGAUAGACCGUGGGCCUGGAUGUCUGACUCUCCCUCUAGAC